UUUUGUGUACUGUACCGCAGCCGUUGUUCUGGCGCGAAUGUGGUUUGUUUUGGCUGCUGCGCGAUAUGAGCAUUUCUGUGAGGCGGUAACGCGGCUGCUGGUUGUCUUGUUGCGCGGUGCUGACGAUAACAAGAAUGAAGGCCUCGAGCGAGGGUGUCAAACGGAAAGCCUUGAGCGAGGUGCAGCUUAGUGGAAAGGGCCUCCAAGUUCGCAAGGUAAGCCGGCCACUGUGCGUUUCAUCGUCUGAUGCGGCGCCACUUGGGAAAGAGGGCGGCAGAAAGGAGUCCAUUGGCCAGUACUGGAAGGAGCUUGCCGAACAGAGGCGCGUCGCUCUCGAGGAGGCCCUCAGGGAGAACGAGCAGCUGCACGAGACGGUCGAGCUCCUGACUGCCGAAAACAAGCACCUGCAGAGCAUUGCAGACCAGGCACUUCCGUUGGCCGACCUCUUAAAGGAGUUUGCAAGGCAAGUGGACCACUCUCAGCAGGAGUAGUUUGAGGAACCACCACACUUGGAGUGCAUUUAUUUUGGUGCUUCUUUUGUAUAUGUCACCAAUGGGAUUUUUGAUUGCACCAACAAGAAAAGUGUGAGUAAUAAAGUUGGAAACAAGUGGUGGCGAGCACUGCAAAUAAAUGGAAUGACCGGGCA